ACCGAUAGGGACCAUGGCGCUCCGUAACGCAGCUUCGCUUUUGGGCCAGCGCUUGGUUGGAGCUGCCGAGUUGGGGAUCAGCGCAGCCAAGUCCGGAGCUGGAGAGGCUCUGACGAACGCCUUUGUCACGGACGGUGUGCGCCAUGCCUCCAAUCAAGCCGUUAAGCAGCGCAUUAGGGCCAUUAAGAAUAUCGGGAAGAUCACGAAGGCCAUGAAGAUGGUGGCCGCCUCGAAAAUGAAGAACGCGCAAGUGGCGGUGGAGCAGUCCCGCGGCAUUGUCAACCCUUUCGUACGCUUGUUUGGGGAUCACCCAGGCGUGGAGGGCAAGGCUGGCGUGACUGUAGCCGUGACGUCGGAUAGGGGCCUCUGCGGUGGCCUCAAUUCCAACAUCACCAAGUACACCCGGGCGCUCCUUAAGCUGGACUCAGCGGCAGCAGGCGAAUCUGCGAGCACUCGGCUCGUGGCCAUUGGUGACAAGGGGCGCUCGCAGCUGAUGCGCGCGGAGGGCCGCCUGUUUUCCUACUCCUUCGCGGACACCUACAAGGUUCGCGUGACUUUUGCCCAGGCUUCUCUGAUUGCCGAGGAGUUGCUGAAGAACAACCCCGAGGUCAUUAAGGUGAUGUUUAACAAGUUCAGGUCCGCCAUUUCGUUCAAGCCGACCCUGGCUACCGUCCUCACCCCUGAGGCGCUGGAGAAGCAGCUGACGGAGCCGACGGGCAACCGCCUUGAUGCCUACGAGGUUGAGGCGACUCACGAGCGGUCGGACGUUUUGCGCGACCUGGCGGAGUUCCAGCUGGCUGCGACGUUGUACAACGCCAUGCUGGAGAACAACUGCAGCGAGCACGCCUCGCGCAUGUCUGCUAUGGAGAACUCGACCAAGUCGGCUGGCGAGAUGUUGGGCAAGCUCACGCUGGAGUACAACCGGAAGCGCCAGGCCACCAUCACGACGGAGCUUAUCGAAAUUAUUGCUGGUGCUUCAGCCCUCAUGGACGCUUAAACAGCAGCGGCGUUACCUUCCGAAAGCGAAUUUCGCGUUCAGGAACCCUGGCAUAGCAACAUGCAAAAGUGGGAUUAUGGGAGCUCAGUGUUCGGCGUGCUGAGAGCUGUUUUUCAUGGUUCCUGUGCGUGGGGACAUAGGUGGCCAGUAUUAUUAGUCAUCAGGGUGCAGAUUGCGCGUCCAUCCACGUUUCACGAGGGGAGGCUUGCGGUUGGAUGGUUUGGUGGCUCUGGCGGUCCUGUCCCGCCUCACCUCCUUCACCUGCGAGGGAAGGAUCUAGGCGGCUGCGGCCGACCCGGCUAGUGCCGCUUUGUAAGCUGCCUAGCGAAUGUUGGGCUGAUGUGGUUGGUGGCUACCAGUGGCAGCCUGAACCUCUUACCUGUCCUGGCAGUUGCAUAGGCGCUGUUACUCAAGACUAUAACACGGCAAAUGGAGGGCCGCAAGAGAUGUAACCAGGCAACCUUUUUCU